AUGUAUCGCUUACUCAAACUCCUCUUUAUUGUGCUGGCAUGUUCAGCGCUACAAGCACUUGGAGGUUCAAUUAUUAACGGGAGAGAGGUCCCGGAAAAUUCAUUGCCAUACAUGGCUUAUGUGGAAGACAAAAUUGAGGGAUAUUACUGUGGUGGAUUUCUAAUUAAAAAGGACAUUGUACUUACUGCUGCCCACUGUGACUUCAAACCCACCACAAUUCAACCAAUUCGACUUCCAAAUAAGAGGACCGAGAGAAUCAAAGACAAUGCGGCGUGUUUUGUAGCUGGAUGGGGCGCCACUGGACGCCGUGCUAGGGGCUCUCAACUGAGAGAGGUCGAUGUGUCUACUAUCAACCGGAAAACCUGUGAGAAGGCAUGGCGUAAUAAACUGCCAGCCAAUAUUAUCUGUGCAGGUGGAUACAGAACAAAGAAAGGUUUUUGCCAGGGGGAUUCUGGUGGACCUCUUGAAUGCAACAAGAUGGCGGUUGGAAUAGCAUCAUUUAACAACCAUACCUGUCACUACCCAGAUGUACCUAACGUCUACACUGACAUAGCAAAGUUUCUGCCAUGGAUUAAUAACCCAAAGAGAAAAUGCAAGAAUGAUUAGUGUGUAUUUUUAUAUAUAUUCAAGCUAAAUGUGCAAUGCUGUGUUAUCCAGAUUGUUUGAAGAGGUACACUGUAGGCUAUAUAGUUUCAUUAUAUUCCAGUUUUAUCAGGCAGUGCUUCUUAACA